GCAGAUUUUGGGACUGGAGGAGGGAAGUGACAGUUGAAGGCCGGUGUCCGGUACUUCCUGUUGCUGGGUGCUUUCUCUGGCGAGCGGAGGGCAGCAGGGGACAGGCUACAGUUUACGCGUCUAUACAUUUGUAUAUAGAAGCCAUCAUGAUGCAAGUGUGCCCGUCCCCUGUUACCCGAGCUGCCGUCCUGAAACGGGCGGCCGUCUUGGCGUUGGCUGCCUAUGGAGCACGUCGUCUUUACCCGGUGCUGAAACACGCCUGUCUAAAGUCACCAAAGCAUCAGAACUCCAAUGGGCUCCCGGGCAAAACGGGAGAGGCCUCCUCGACUCCCCCUUAUGAAAGGACUGGGGUGAACAGAGUUUUCUUCAGAAGACUGGCCCGUCUCCUACGUCUGCUCUUCCCAAAGUUGGCUUGCAAGGAGUUUGCACUAUUAGUAUUACAUUCAGCGGCGCUCAUCUCUAGGACAUUCCUUUCUGUGUACGUAGCUAAACUAGAUGGCCGCCUAACCCGCUGCAUUGUUAAAAAACGUCCAGCCGGUUUUGUGUGGCAGCUGCUUAAGUGGCUUUUGAUUGCCCUGCCUGCCACCUUCAUCAACAGUGCCAUCCGGUACCUUGAGGGUCAACUAAGUUUGGCCUUCCGUAGCCGCUUGGUGGCCCAUGCUUACCAUCUGUACUUUGGUAAUCAGACAUACUAUAGGGUGAGCAACAUGGACGGAAGACUACGUAACCCUGACCAGUCAUUGACUGAGGAUGUUGUGGCCUUUGCCAACUCGGUGGCACAUCUCUACUCCAACCUGACUAAGCCUGUGCUCGAUGUAGUGGUCACCACAUACACGUUAAUCAGCACAGCCAAGUCCAAGGGUGCCAACACCGGCUGGCCAUCACUGAUUGCUGGACUUGUAGUUAUGAUUACAGCAAAAGUGCUGAGAAGCUGUUCUCCUAAGUUUGGGAAAUUAGUCGCUGAGGAAGCCCGACGGAAAGGAGAGCUGCGAUACAUGCACUCAAGAGUGGUCGCCAACUCCGAAGAAAUUGCCUUCUAUGGAGGUCACAAGGUGGAGAUGUCUCUGCUGAAGCAGUGCUACCGGGAUUUGUCCUCGCAGAUUAACCUCAUCCUGCUGGAGAGGUUGUGGUACGUGAUGCUGGAGCAGUUCCUCAUGAAGUAUGUGUGGAGCGCAUCUGGACUGGUGAUGGUGGCGGUGCCCAUCAUCACUGCCACCGGCUACUCUGAGAGUGAUUCGGCGGAAGUGAAGAAAGCGGCCAUGGAGAUGAAGGAAGAGGAACUGGUGAGCGAGAGAGCUGAGGCCUUCACAACGGCAAGGAACCUCCUCACAGCUGCAGCAGAUGCUAUCGAGCGGGUCAUGUCCUCUUAUAAAGAAAUAACAGAACUGGCCGGCUACACUGCACGAGUUCAUGAUAUGUUUGAAGUGUUUGAAGACGUGCAGAAUGGCAUCUACAAGAGACCAGGAGAAUUGGAAGAGGCCAGCCCCAAGAAAGGAAGGGUAAUCCAGCACGGUAUCCGCAUCGAAGGGCCCCUUGAAAUAAAAGGAAAAGUAGUGGAUGUGGAGAAUGGCAUCAUAUGUGAGAAUAUUCCCAUCGUCACUCCGACUGGGGAUGUCGUAGUUGCAAGCCUCAAUAUCCGUGUGGAGGAGGGCAUGCACCUACUCAUCACUGGCCCCAAUGGCUGCGGCAAAAGCUCCUUGUUCCGGAUUUUGGGUGGUCUGUGGCCAGCGUACAGUGGAGUCCUUUACAAGCCCCCGCCUCAGCAUAUGUUUUAUAUCCCACAGAGGCCAUACAUGUCCGUGGGAACCCUUCGUGAUCAAGUAAUUUACCCAGAUACUUUUGAAGACAUGCGCAGGAAAGGCUUCACUAAUAAGGACCUGGGGACCAUUCUAGAUAUUGUGAAUCUGAAUUACCUGGUACAGAGAGAGGGAGGUUGGGACUCCGUAAGCGACUGGAAGGAUGUUCUCUCCGGGGGUGAGAAGCAGCGUGUUGGAAUGGCGCGCAUGUUCUAUCACAGACCCAAAUACGCCCUCUUGGAUGAGUGUACCAGUGCCGUGAGCAUUGAUGUAGAGGGGAAAAUCUUUCAGUCCGCAAAGGAUGCUGGGAUUGCGCUCUUGUCUAUCACGCACAGGCCAUCUCUAUGGAAAUAUCACACCCACCUGCUCCAGUUUGAUGGUGAAGGCGGCUGGAAGUUUGAGAAGCUGGACACCGCUGCCCGUCUUUCUCUAACGGAGGAGAAGCAGAGGCUGGAGCAGCAGCUUGCCGGCGUACCUGAGAUGCAGCAGAGGCUCAGUGAGCUGUGCCAGAUCCUCGGCGAGGAUUCCGAGGUAGUCGGCACGGAUAGCGGUCCCACCCCGGGACUGUCUGUGUGGGAAUAGAAGAAUAACAACAGGUAGGUGCCAUGAUGUUCCUGGGCAUUGUCAUUCUCUUAAUCCAGCCUUUAAACGACCAAGAGCUCACUGAGACUCAUAGGAAUUAUAGUUUAAUGACUACCCUGGUGCUUGGACACCCAGACUGGUUUUUUUUGGUAGUUCCUGACCAUCAGCAUCUUGGAGCCAUAAACAUUUCUUAUGUAUCAUGAUAUUUCUUAUGUAUCUGCCUUUGUUGUUUGCUUUGGUGGAUCCAUUUCUAAAUAUACAGUUGCGUAUAAAACGACCGGGGCAAAAUGAAAAGACACAAAA